AUGGCUCAGCAAGACAAGUCCUCCUUCGUACAGGCCAAUGAAGCUGUUUCAUAUUUGAAGAGUCGUCUGCAUGAGGGGUUGCAAACCCCGCAAGUGGCUAUUGUAUGUGGCUCUGGACUGGGCGGAUUGGCAGACACUGUUCAGUCAGAACCCAGAGCGGAAUACGACUAUUCAUCGAUCCCUCAUUUCCCUCAACUAACAGUUGCCGGGCAUGCUGGCAAGCUGGUAUUUGGCUUCCUCGGACAGCAGAUCCCCGCAGUGCUGAUGGUUGGCCGUGCUCACUAUUACGAGGGCCAUUCUAUGGACCGGGUAACAUUUCCCAUCCGCGUGUUCAAGCAGCUGGGGGUGAACACCGUCGUGUGUGAGUACCUACUUAUCUGCUACAAGCUGUGUGGAUCAUCUAAGGUUGGCAGGGGCGCACCCCUGAGGGGAGUCAAUGCCGAAGAUUUCGGAGUUCGCUUCCCACCGCUCUCGGACGCAUACGACCUUGACCUUCGACGUCGUGUGCACCAAGCUUGGAAGGAAGUCAUCCCGUCUCGAAGUACCAGGAAGUUACAUGAGGGCGUCUACGCUUUCGUUGGAGGGCCCACUUAUGAAACGAGGGCCGAGAGCCGAAUGCUUCGAAUGCUAGGCGCCGACGUUGUCGGCAUGUCAACCGUUCCAGAGAUUGUGGUGGCUCGGCACUGUGGCCUUCGCGUGCUGGCCUUCAGUCUGGUCACAAACAAGGCGGUACUGGCGCCGGUGCCUCGCGGCGACGAACUUUUGCUCCAGGAUAAAGACGCAGGUGAGCUGACGGCGAUCCUGGAAGAGGGCAAGGCCGGACAUGAAGAAGUCCUGGAGGCUGGCCGAACGGCCGCUCUUGAUAUGCAGGGACUGGUAGUGCAGACUCUUGUGAAUACCUUCAGCCGGAAAUAG